UUGAAGUUAAUCCAAUAAUUUGGAAAUACGAGACAAGUAAAGGACGUAACUUGAGAGAGAGAGAGAUGCCGGCGCAGCCACCGCCGGGGAAACCCCAGAAGUUCUACUUCUUCUACGUCCACCGGAAGCCCUCCCAGAACCGCCCCACCGUCCGCGGCGGUCUCUUCUCCAAUCGCCAAUCCCUUAAACCCCGCCAAAACCCCCACCACCACCACAAGCCCCCCUCCGAUCUCUCCAAAUGGGACCCACACCUUCUCCCCUCUCCCUCCUCCACCACCACCACCACCCCAACUCUCUCCUUUCUCUCCCCCAUCGCCCGCUUCAUCACCGACGCCUUCCGCAAGAACCACUCCAAGUGGGGCCCACCCGUAGUCACCGAGCUCCACAAGCUCCGCCGCGUGACCCCCAACCUCGUCACCGAGGUCCUCAAGGUACAAACCGACCCUUCUCUGGCGUCCAAGUUCUUCCACUGGGCAGGUAAACAAAAGGGUUAUAGACAUAAUUUUGCUUCCUACAACGCUUUUGCUUAUUGCCUUAACCGCGGCGACCGGUACCGGUCGGCCGACCAGGUCCCCCAUCUCAUGGAAGCUCAGGGCAAGCCUCCUAGUGAGAAACAGUUUGAGAUUUUGAUAAGAAUGCAUUCUGAUGCCAAUAGGGGUCUUAGAGUUUAUUAUGCUUAUGAGAAUAUGAAAAAGUUUGGAAUUAAGCCUAGAGUCUUUUUGUUCAAUAGGGUCAUGGAUGCUUUGGUCAGAACUGGGUAUUUGGACUUGGCAUUGUCUGUUUAUGGGGACUUUAAGGAGGCUGGGCUGGUGGAGGAGAGUGUCACUUUUAUGAUCUUGAUAAAGGGUCUUUGCAAGGCUGGGAGGGUUGAGGAAAUGCUUGAGGUUUUGGGGAGGAUGAGAGGGGAGUUGUGCAAGCCGGAUGUUUUCGCUUACACGGCAAUGGUGAGGGUGAUGGUUGGGGAGGGGAACUUGGAUGGGUGCUUGAGGGUUUGGGAGGAAAUGAGGAGCGACCGGGUUGAACCGGAUGUUAUUGCUUAUGGCACGGUGAUUGCUGGGUUGUGUAAAGGAGGGAGGGUGGAGAAGGGUUAUGAGUUGUUUAAGGAGAUGAAGGGGAAAGGGGCUUUGGUUGAUAGGGCUAUUUAUGGGGCAUUAGUUAAGGCGUUUGUGGAAGAUGGGAAAGUUGGAUUGGCUUGUGACGUGUUCAAGGAUUUGGUGAAUUCGGGAUAUAGAGCGGAUUUGGAUAUUUAUAAUUAUCUUAUUCAAGGAUUGUGUAAUGCAAAGCGGGUUGAUAAGGCAUACAAGCUUUUCCGAGUGACGGUGCAAGAGGGUUUGGGGCCGAACUUUGUGACUAUAAAUCCCAUAUUGUUGUGUUAUGCUGAGAUGAGAAAAAUAGAUGAGUUUUGUGACUUGCUCGUGCAGAUGCAGAAAUUGGGAAUCUCUGUUGUCGAUGAUCUUACCAAAUUCUUCUCCUUUGUGGUAAGGAAGGGGGAUGGACUAAAGAUGGCUUUGGAAGUGUUUGAGGACUUGAAAGUUAGAGGCUACUAUAGCGUUUCAAUCUACAAUAUCCUUAUGGAGGCUUUUUACAAAACUGAGAUGGCAAAAAAAGCGCUAUCAUUGUUGAACGAAAUGAAGGAUAUGAAUGCUCAACCAGACUCGUCAACUUACAGUGUCGCGAUUGAAUGUUUUGUUGAAGAGGGGGAUCUCAAGGAGGCUUGUGCUUGUCACAAUAAGAUAAUUGAAAUGUCUUGUGUUCCUUCUGUUUCUGCGUAUUGUUCUCUUGCUAGAGGACUAUGCAAUAUUGGAGAGAUCGAUGCAGCCAUGAUGCUCGUUCGGGACUGCUUAGCCAGUGUGAGUAGCGGGUCAAUGGAGUUCAAGUAUGCUCUUACCGUUCUUCAUGCGUGCAAAUCUGGUAAAUCAGAGAAGGUCAUUGGAGUACUGGAUGAGCUGAUGCAAGAAGGGUGUCCCCCAGAUAAUGUUGUGCUCUCUGCUGUCAUCUCUGGCAUGUGUAGGCAUGGCACAAUAGAGGAGGCUAGGAAGGUUUUUUCGAACUUGAGAGAGCGCAAACUCAUGAGUGAAGCAAGGACGAUCGUGUAUGAUGAAAUUCUAAUUGACCACAUGAAGAAGAAAACAGCAGACUUGGUCGUCUCUGGGUUGAAAUUUUUUGGUUUAGAGUCUAAGCUGAAAGCAAAGGGCUCCACACUGCUGUCAAAUUGAAAGUUUGGAUAGAAUCGCCAACUUUAUUGAUCACCAUUGCUUCAACAAAUCAUUGAAUUUGUACAGAUAUUUGAGAAACUACAUGCACUUACCCUUUUGACUGAAAACCUUCUGCAUGUUAGUGCUGUAAAAAUUUGGUUGUAGUCAAGUCACCUGAAUCGUGCACUAAGCCGGUUAUCAAGUAUCAUGAUAUCGCUAUGUGGUAUUUUGGCUCAUACAUUUAUUGCCAUAUUACUAUGAAGUCUUGUCUGAAAAUUACUGUUGUGGAGUAUUUUUUUGUCUUACUAUGUAUGUGACAUUUAAGUUUCAAAUGGCAGACACCAUGCUGAAAAGAAGCUUUUCCAGAAUAAAGGUGCUUAUG